CGUGUGAGCUCUCGGCUAGCAUAUAGUCUGCGUGUGAUGAACGAUGAGACCACCGUUAGUGGUAGUGCUGGGAUGUACAGGAACGGGAAAGUCUCGUUUGGCCAUAGAACUUGCUUUACGAUUUCGAGGCGAGUUAGUGAGCGCUGAUUCGAUGCAAGUGUAUCAAGGACUGGACAUUGUGACUAACAAAGUGUCUGCUGAGCAGCUGCAAAUGUGUAAACACCAUUUUAUUGGUUGCGUCCCGACGUUCCACGAAUAUUCCGUGUUGGAAUUUAGAAACGCAGCGCUUCCUCUCAUUGAAAAGUUGAGGUCGACAAAUGUAAUGCCAAUAGUUGUCGGAGGCACCAAUUAUUACAUCGAGUCUCUUCUCUGGAACAUUCUUAUUGAUAGUCCUGGAGAGCAACAAACCUUACAUCAAGUCGAAGGAAAAGUGUUGGAACCGGAAACAUCGGAUCUGAGUUUGUAUCAAAAGUUGCAACAUAUCGAUCCAGAGGGAGCUGCUAAAGUGCAUCCCAAUGAUACUAGAAGGGUAGAAAGAUGCUUAGAGGUUUUUCAACAGUAUGGCAGAUCAAAGAGUGAAAUUUUAUCUGAACGUAAAAAAGGAGAAGCUAGUGCAGGCAUAUCACAGGGAGGUGAAAUGAAGUUUAAUGAUGUUACCGUACUUUGGAUACAGUGUGAAUACGAAGUGUUGGAUGAAAGGUUAAAUACUCGUGUGGACGAGAUGGUGAAGAUGGGUCUAAAAAAUGAGAUUUAUCAGCUGCACGAAACAGCACAACAGAAAGGAAAGGAACUUUUGCCAACAAAAGGAAUAUUUCAAGCAAUUGGCUACAAGGAGUUUCAGCCCUACUUAAAGCUGUUGGAUGAAACUGGACAGAUGACAGUUGACGACGACAGAUUGAAAGAAACAUUUACAACGUGUACUAACAACUUGAAAAGAGCGACAAGAAACUAUGCCCGAAAACAGACUUCAUGGAUUCGUAAUCGGUUUUUGAAGCGAGUUGGUCAAGCCGUACCUGAUGUGUAUGCUCUAGAUUCUACAGACAUUGACAAGUGGGACAGCAAUGUCUUUCAGCCUGCAGAGAAAAUUAUCAAAUCAAAGCUUGAUGAUAUACCUUUACCUGUAUCACCACUAGAACGAAUUGAAGGAGUCGAAGAAACUUGGAAGCACCACAUUUGUGAUGUCUGUGGUGGACGUGUCGUUCGCAGCGAUCACGAAUGGCAAAUACACCUUAAAUCACGAGUGCAUCGACGUUGCUUGAAACGAAUGAAAAAGCAGGGAACAAGAGAAGAACGGGUAAGAGACAGUGUAUCAAGUGGCAGUGAUCACAAGGUGUUGCUCAAUAUGCAAUGAUUUCUCAAAGUGCAAAUUAUGAUGGCAGAAUCAUUUUAGCAGUGUUAUUAGUGCUAGAUCACAAGUUUCAAAUAUUAUAUCUCCUGCCAUACGACUACCAAAAACCGUAAUACAAGCAAUGCACUACCUAUUAUAAAACUGUUAGAUCUCGUGUAGAAUUUUGGCGAUUUUAUAUGCACAAAGUGACUGCCUCACUUCAGAAAGUAUUUUACAAUAAUUAUAUUUGAAAAUUUGA